CUCAUCUCUUUUGACUCAGCCGCUAUCGGCGGGCUUCCAUCUACUUCCAUGUCAGAUUGCAUGUGAUAGAAAACCUGAAGCUCCCCGCGAAUACGAGCUUGAACCACGACCAAACUUGCAAAUAUCACUCUGUCUUCAGCGAGGCGACGAUAAACCGCUCCCAGGAUGACGGUAACACCAAUUCGGUCGCCAGACCUUCCAAAAACUCUUGGCCCUCUCAUUCCCUCACUCCGUGCUGCUGCAGUUUCGCUGCAGCCGUCCGAAUCCGUCCUACCUCUCCUCACGCCAAUUCUACGCCAGCGGGUUCAGUUCCUAUCUCUAAGUUCUACGAAUGACCCAUGGAUUCGACUACUAUGCUAUGAUACUUCCAAGGUUUCGAAGCUGACUGAGAUUGCCCAAGGCGAGCGACUGGAGCCACAUCCCGCAUCCGGUGAAAUUGAAAUAGACUGGGACUAUGACACUGAAACUCGAUUUCGCCGGUUGGACGAGGAAACUCUAGAGGCCUUUGUCGCGUCUAGGGAGUUAGAGUUAGCUUUUCGUCUUUUAUACUGUACUCUUGAUGGAGAGGAAUCGGGUUGGAAAGUUGGGGAGGUCACAGUCCCAGACAGAUCGUCGCCCUUUUCUAGUUUUGGGGGAGCUUCGACAAUAGAUGAAGCUGAACGGCAGUUCAAAGAAUCAAAACUGUCCAAGUCGGCGUCGGCGUCGACAUCCAAUGGCCUCCUAAAUCCACAGAAUGGCAUAACCGGACAUGGAGUGGAAGAUGACGACGACGAUGACGACGAUUACUGGGCUAGAUAUGAUGCCACACCAGGCACAAAAACGCCCGCUACAAAAAGGUCGCCGGCGCCUCAAAUCUCGCAUACAUGGAAUACCACCACCAAGGCUAACGAAGACGAUUACUUUGCUCAGUAUGAUCAUGUUCAGCCUGCUAUGGAUAAUCAUGACCCAGACGAGGAGGCUCACGUGGACGUUUCUCCGCCGCUUGGCCUAGCCCCAAGGGCAAUGGACGCUACACAGAACGGACAUAGCGACGGGGAAGUAGCAGAAAACGGUAUUCAAGAUUCGUGGAUGUUGGCAGAGCCACCUAAGUCCAGCUCUCCCCACUCGAAGAGCGACGACGAGCCAGGUCUCGUCCAUCCUUGCCCGAGACCAGGAUCGAGUGCCGGUUCCAAUGCGUCUGUCGAGAAGCUCGAAGCAGCCGCGGCACGCCAAGAGCAGAACGACUUCGGAGUUAAGCAGCAUGUUUCACGCAGCAUAAAAAGCCUUUUCUUGUUAUCGAGAGCAUCGGGUAUCGACCGCGAGGAAUUUGAGCGAAUGGUCAAGACAGAGCUGGACAUGCUAGGUCUUAUGGAGGACUAAUGAUUGAUCUAAGGAUCUUGAGGCAAGGCCACGCUUGACGUAGUGGAAAUUGUAUAAUGAUCAUGGCGGCGCAGGAACAUAUUGUACAUACUAUACAUGCAUACCCUCGAGCUACUACUACCAGUUUGCGAUGAUAUCUGAGGGUCUACGAGAAAUCCAAGAGAUAAUGAACUAAGUAAUCAUCGAAGUUGUCACACUGAAUUGUCCCUAAGUACUCAGCA